AUGGACAAUGAAACAGGGCCAAACCAGACCCUAUACUCUAGAGCACUGUCCUUCAUCACAGAAACUGCCCAGACCAUAGUCUCUAAAUCAGCCCAGCGAGCGUAUCUGAACACCGCGCUCUUUGCUCUCUCCUCCUUCAUUCUAUUCUGCAUCUCUGUAGCCGCUUAUUGGAUCUUCUACUACAAUUAUGUUCCGCAGAUCGGGCUAGAGCGGCAGGUUCAUUUGCAGUUUGGUGACGGCCACCCCCAUGGUACUGCAACAUUAGGCGCGGAAUUAAUAUCCGGCCAGCAAUACGAUGUCAGCGUCAUUUUAUACCUUCCGCGGACCCCUUCUAACCUCGCCGCGGGUAACUUCAUGCUUGACCUCAAAUUAUUUUCUACUACAGAUACCUCAAACACAAAUACGUCAAUGAAGGCAGACUUGGUUAAGGGAUCUCGGCGGUUUGCUAUUCUAACAUAUGCAUCACCAAUGGUGGAUACGGUCAGGAGAGUGUCAAAAAUUCCGCUUUACGUGCUUGGGUGGCAGAGGGAAGCGGAGGGCUUGAAGGUUAGCAUGAUGGAGCAGGCGGAGUUUGGAAAGAAGAAACAGGCGAUGCCCAAGGUGUUGAGGUUGGAAAUUCAGAGUGUGGAGAGAAUGCAGAUUUAUAAUGUUGCUGUGAGGUUUGAUGCCAGGUUUAGUGGGCUACGAUGGAUUAUAUAUAACUGGAGAAUUCUGUCGUUCUUAAUAUUCAGCUCGACAUUCUGGGUCGUUGCGAUGAUCUGUACGUCCUCUGUGUGGUUGGCUCUAGCUAGCCAGAAGGAAGCAACAUCUAUUAAGAGGCCAAAAUUGGAAGAAGAGGAAGAAGCGGAAGAAGCGAAAAAAGACGGAGGCAGCAGCGAUGUCGCCGUCAAAGAGGAUGAAAGCGAAGAAGAGGGGGGAAAUUAUCCAGGACUUGGAUUAGAGCAUGACGGACAACAGAGCAGCGAAGUGGAAAUGAUCAAGAAGGAAGAGGAUAUCGAGGAAUCCUCGAAGAUUCAGCCCUUUGUCAGAGAAGCCGAAGUCCACAACGAAGCUGAUGCAGAUAUUCCCGCCUCAGGAAGUUCUACGCAAACAGUCGUAGGGGGUAGGGACGCGGAACAAGCCGUCCAGAGACGCAGAAGCCAUGUCAACGCAGACACCCCCGCUGCCUCUGCACAAACUCCCUAUCCAUUGACAAUGCAUAUUCUUGUUGUCAACGAUGACGGGCCUCCCUCAAACCAGUCAUCGCCAUAUGUACAUUCGCUAGUCCAUACUCUCCAAUCCUCCGGCCACGUCGUCUCCGUGGUACUCCCGCACAGGCAACGGUCAUGGAUCGGCAAAGCUCACCUCGUAGGAGAUACCGUCAAACCCACCUACUUUCGCCCAGGCACCCUGUACAAGGAUGACGGCACAAUCCAUCACCUACCCCUGGGCGCGGAGGGGGAGUCCGGUAACCCCGAUCCAAACUGCGACGAGUGGAUCCUCAUUGACUCCACACCCGCCAGUUGCGUCCAGAUCGGACUGUUCCACUACUUCAAAGACCGCGGGCCCAUCGACCUUGUCAUAUCUGGCCCCAACUACGGGAGGAACACAACUGCCGUCUUCGCGCUGUCCAGCGGGACUAUUGGCGGUGCCAUGGAGGCUGCUAUGUGCGGGCUCAAGGCUAUUGCGCUCUCGUUCGCCUUCAGCUCGCGCGACCAUGAUCCCAUCGUCAUCGCGGAGGCGUCACGGCAUUCUGUUCGUUUGAUUGGGUAUGUGUACGAGAAUUGGGGGAAGGAUGUUGAUCUUUAUAGUAUCAAUGUGCCCCUGGAGCCCGGGGUUAGCGAGGGCAAGGUCCUGUAUACGGAUAUUUUGCAAAAUCGUUGGACGUCUGGGAGCUGCUUUGAGGCCCUUGAUGCGGAGGAGAGUGGGGAAGGUCCAGAUUUGCAGGAGCAGAAGCUACGGCAAGCUGGGGAAUUAGAUGCGGGGACUCAGAAAGGGAAAGCAGCGGGAACGUCGACCGGGACAGGGACGACAACGCCACAAUAUCGACAUAUGCAUUUCAAGUGGGCGCCCAAGUUUGCAGAUGUCUAUAAGAGUGUGGAACUUAGUCCGCCAGGGAAUGAUGGAUGGGCUGUUAAGGAGGGGAUCACUAGUGUUACCCCUUUGAGAGCAAAUUUCAUGCACUCACCGGGAUAUACAGGUGAAAUCCAGUUGUUCGUCAAAAAGCCAAUAUUCUACGCUCUCGUAGAAUGUCAGGACUCGUAUGUGCAGCCCCUUGUGAUCCAAGCCUUUCGAAAACGACUACCCGGAAAAUCUUACGAGUUGAUAUUUUCCCUUUGUGAACUUCCCGACCCGUCAUCCCCCUUGCUACAGUACAGAGUAUAUGAAUUAUGCGAUUUUGAACACGUCCUACGUCACCCUAAAACAUCAUUGGUAAACUCCUAUGUCAUUCGCAAAGCUUUGAUUCGAAAACACUACCUCUCAAACAUCAUUACGAACUGGGUGGCGAAGCAUCCAGACAGCAUCUUGAAAACACACUUUAAACAAGCGGUGUGCUUUGAGUUGGAUUACGCGGAAUUUCUCGAUGAGGCGUUGGUUGAGGCCUAUGAACUACAGGAGAGCUUUGAAGCCAAUGAGGGAAAAGAGGAGGAGGAGAAGGAGUGGUGGAUUUUAAAGCCGGGGAUGGGUGAUCGCGGCCGGGGCAUUCGCUUGUUCAACAGCGAAUCAAGCCUGCGGGCGAUAUUUGAGGAGUGGGAAGAGGACCAGUCUGAUUCCGACCAUGACGAGGAUAGUGACAACAGCCACAUCCACGCCAAUGAAGGAACGUAUGGUCACAAAUAUAAUGAUGAUGCUGACGACGGGAAUGAUAACAACGGGGUCAUCACAUCUCAGCUGCGCCACUUCAUUGCACAGCCGUAUAUCCACCCGCCUCUCUUGCUGCCAUCAGAGUCCAAUCGGAAGUUCCAUAUCCGCACCUAUGUCCUGGCUGUUGGCUCCCUGCAAGUCUAUGUGUACAAGGAAAUGCUCGCGCUAUUCGCUGAAAGGCCAUACCUACCCCCCUGGCACAGAGGUGCAGACAUCACCGAGGAGCUCACCCGCCACCUGACGAAUACGUGUCUGCAAACAGAUAGUAACGGUGUGUCCAAGCGGAAUGCGGUCCGGCGAUUCUGGGCUCUUGGUGAUGCCGUUAUCCCGUUCUGCUCCUCGGCAGCAGGAGGUUCGGGCUCCAACAGUGCCCGUUGGAAGGAAAACGUAUACGAGCAAGUUUGUGCUGUGACAGGUGAGGUAUUUGAAGCUGCUGCGCGGGGGAUGCCGGUGCAUUUUCAAACGCUACCGAAUGCCUUUGAGCUGUUUGGAGUGGACUUUUUGGUUGACGGACAUGGCAAGGUGUGGCUGCUGGAGCUGAAUGCGUUCCCGGACUUCCAACAGACGGGUGACGAGCUGAAGGGGGAUGUGGUGGGAAGGCUGUUUGAAGGGGUGGUGGAGGUUGCUGUGAAGCCAUUUUUUGGGAUUGAUGGAAGGACUGAAGAGGCUAGGAUAGGGGAGGAGAAAUUCGGGUUGAGGCUUGUUCGGGAUCUGAAGAUGGGUGUGAAAGGGUGA